CAAAACAAGACGCCAGGAACGCGGUCGCGCGAGUGUGCGAGUGUCGCUGCGGAGGGUUGCGGACCGUCGGAAGUCGAGAGGAGCCGUCGGCGACCUUGAGCGACCUUGCCUGAGGGAACUCCCGCUCCAAGAUGGCCGCCACCACCGCCACGGCCAACAGCAGCGUCAUCACGGGCACGCGGAUCGCCAUCAACGUGCACUACGACCAGAGUGAUUCAGCGACGACGCCUGUCAUUCGCAGCGAGCAGGCCUUCCAGUCUGCGAGCUCCAGCGGCUCGACGUCGUCGACGCCGUCGAGCGCGGCCAGCACGCCCAGCGCGCACACCAAGUCCACCAGCUCGCCCGGAGAACUGGUGACCCGGCUGGACCAGCAGCUGAAGGAGGCGGUGCGCGCGCGCCGUGACUCGCCCGAGCCCGUGCAGACGGCGCCGCCCGAGCUACCGCCGGCCAAUGGCACCCAGUACACGGACGGCCCGGACCAGGUCGUCCCUACCGAGAAUCUGCAGACGACGGACCGGUUCGGUGCCGUGAAGCUCAAGGUGGGCGCCAAGGGUGCGUCCUCGGCCCCGCCCACUUCCAUCCACAGUCUGCUGCGGCGGGCCGCCAACAGGUUCGGCCACCUCACGGCGCUGCGAUCGAAGCGGGACGGCGUCUGGCAGAGCCUCACCUACAAGGCUUACCUGGAUCAGGUGCAAUGCGUGGCACGCGCCUUCAUCAAGCUCGGCCUCGAGCCCAAGGGCUCUGUCUGCAUCCUGGGCUUCAACAGCACCGAGUGGUUCGUGUCGUCGCUGGCUGCCAUCUACGCCGGCGGACUGUCCGCAGGCGUGUACACAACCAACAACACAGAGGCGUGCUUCCACUGCGCCUCCGACUCCCACUGCAACAUCUUCGUGGUGGAGGACGAGAAGCAGCUGGCCAAGGUGCAGCAGUUCCGCGCCAAGGUGCCGAGCCUGCGCGCUGUAGUGCAGCUGUUCGGGGAGCCGACCGCGCCCGGUGUGGUCAGCUGGGCUCGCCUGCUGGAGCUGGGAGCUCGCGAGGACGGCGAGGAGCUCGAGCGCCGCAUCCGUCAGGUGGCCGUGAACCAGGCGGCCGCCCUGAUCUACACGUCCGGCACCACCGGGCCGCCCAAGGGCGUCAUGCUCAGCCACGACAACGUCACCUUCACCGCCCUCAACGUGAUCGCCCAGUUCGACCUCCGCGAGGGACAGGAGCACCUCGUCUCCUACCUGCCGCUCAGUCACGUGGCCGCCAUGAUAGCCGACAUUUACCUGCCCCUGGCGUGCGGCGGAACCGUCUGGUUCGCUGACAAGAGCGCUCUGAAGGGUACGCUGGGCCAGACUCUGUGCGAGGCUCGUCCGACGGCGUUCAUCGGUGUGCCGAGGGUGUUCGAGAAGAUCAAGGAGGGCUUUGAGACCAAGGCCGGCCAGUCGAAGGGCCUGCGCCGGUCGCUGCUCGACUGGGCUCUUGAGCGGGGUCGACGCUCUCAGAACAACAGGAUCAAGGGGUUCUCCUCCAAACCUCUCGGGUACGGGCUGGCGCGCCGCCUGGUCCUGGGCAAGAUCCACCGGCUGGUGGGUCUGGACCGCGCGCGCAUCAUAUACUCGGCCGCGGCGCCCCUCUCCAAGGAGACGCUCGGAUUCUUCCACUCGCUGGACAUGCCGCUGCUUCAGCUGUACGGGAUGAGCGAGUGCACCGGCCCGCACUCCGCCUGUAUGCUGGACGCGGACCGGGUCGGCUCUGUGGGCCCGACUGUGGACGGCUACUGCACGCGCCUGGACCGGGUCGACGCAGAGGGCCAGGGCGAGAUCUGCAUGGGCGGCCGGCACGUGUUCAUGGGCUACCUGAACCUGCCCGACAAGACUGAGGAGGCCGUCGACGCCAACGGCUGGCUGCACUCUGGCGAUCUGGGCGUCGUCGACGACAGGGGCCUCAUCUCUAUCACUGGCAGGAGCAAGGAGCUGAUCAUCACGGCGGGCGGUGAAAACAUCCCGCCGGUGCUGAUUGAAGAUGAGGUGAUGAAGGAGCUGCCGAUCAUCAGCAACUGCUGCCUCAUCGGCGACAAGCGCAAGUUCCUCAGCAUGCUCCUGACACUGAAGGUGGUCGUGGACCUGGACACGAUGGAGCCGACGGACCAACUCAGCCCGCCGGCCCUGGAGUUCUGCCGGGCGGCGGGCUCCUCUGCCCGCACCGUCCAGGACGUUCUGGAGGGCCCCGACGACAAGGUGAUGACCGCGAUCCAGCGCGGCCUGGACCGGGCCAACAGUCGGGCCGCGUCGGGAGCCCAGCGCGUGCAGAAGUGGACAGUGCUGCCGGUCGACUUCUCCAUCCCCGGCGGAGAGAUCGGUCCGACGAUGAAGAUGAAGCGGCCCGUGAUCCACAAGAAAUACAGCCAGGUGAUCGAGCGCCUGUACGCGUAAACGGCCGUCGACUCCCGGCCCCUGCUGGUCACCAACGCGACGCAGGAACUGUCGGCCGUCCCGCGGUCAGCUGUCGGCCGUACCGCGGUCAGCUGUCGGCCGUACCGCGGUCAGCUGUCGGCCGUACCGCGGUCAGCUGUCGACCGUACUGCGAUCAGCUGUCGGCCAUACCGCGGUCAGCUGUCGGCCGUACCGCGGUCAGCUGUCGGCCGUCCCGCGGUCAGCUGUCGGGCGUA